UGCAAGCGCUUGUCUGCGUGUGUGUGCAACCAUCGUGUGGGGAUAAUGAUAAUAAAAUAAUCUUUUAACAUUUUGAGAGAGUUGCCGGAAUUUCACCAUAAACGUGUCAUUGCAUCGUUAUAUAUAUAUUUCUAAUAUUAUAUUAUUUAUAUUAUUUGACAUUGCUCCAAAGUAUAAAGCGUAUUUUUUUGUUCAAGGAUACAGUUGUUUCGUCAUCAUGUCAAUUACAAGAUAAAUAAAAUAUUAAUUAUUAUUAAAGUGUAAUGCAAAUCGACAUUAAACUGUCAAAACACCUGAUUGUUAGUGAAAAUUUAAUAAUUUAUUUUAUUCAUCAAUAUUCUUUUGAAUAAAAGUUUUUAAUUUUUUCAAUUGACCGGUUAAUUUUUUAAUAUUUUAUUAUUAUUGAUGAUUCAGUGACAUUUAUUUAUUUUUAUAUAAAAUAAUAAUGAUAUUAAUUUAUAAUAAUUAUGAAAUUUAUACUUGGAGAAACUGUAAAAAUGCUCAGUGACAGUUUAAAUAAUUUAUGAAAAUUGAAUUGUAAAAUAAAAAACAAUAGAAAUAAAAUUGUGAUUUGUGACCAUUAAUUGAUAAUAUAUUGAGAGAAUAUAUUUUAUUAAUUAAUAAUGAAUGGAUUUAGCACUGGCGAAGAGGACUCGAGGGGAGCAGCUGAUCAAGUUUGUUGUUUGGUUGACGAUGGUGAACGUUGUUUAAGAGCAGCUGGUAAUGCAUCAUACAGCAAAAGAAUUCAAAAAACAGUUACUCAAAGAAGACUCAAGCUUAAUAUAGAUCAAGCGGCUCGUCAUAUUUACAUCUGUGACCACCAUAAGCAAGUAAUACAAAAUGCCAGAUCAAAGCAACAACAGCAAAGACGAAGAAAAGAUUCAGAAGAUGAUUCUGGUGAAACUGAAAAUGACUUGCCAGAGGUUGAUUUGUUUCAACUUCAAAUUGGUACAUUGAGAAGAUAUAAAAAACAUUUUAAAGUAUCAACCAAACCCGGACUCAAUAAGGCUCAACUUGCUGAUGCACUUAUGCAGCAUUUUAAGACAAUUCCAGUAUCUGAAAAAGAUGCGUUGAGUCUUUUCAUCGACACAGUUAAAAUAAAUUCAAAUAAACUUGAUCAAAAAAAUGGUUUAAACAGUGAUGCAACGUAGCUAUAGGCUUUGACUCAAUUCGAGUCGAAAUCUCGAUAACUUAAUUAAUUUUUCAUCGUUAUUAUUAAUAUUUUUUCAUCAUUUAAUUUCCAAUUUUUAUCAUCAAUUACAAAGAAAAAAUUUAAAAAAAAAUUAAACAACACAAAAAAAACCUAUUAGUAACUAAAAAAAAUUUUAAUAUGUAUUAUUUUUCACUUAUUGAUAAAUAAUGAUAAAUAUUUUUUACGAAUUUUAUUUGUAAAAGAAAAAAAAAAAAAAAAAUGAUGGUGAUUUUUAUAAUUAUAU